AUGUAAAUUUUGGUUGUGUAUUUUGGAAAAUAAUUUUUUCACUUGAUAGAUUGCAGCAUAUUUGAUAAAGGUAAUUUUUAAGAAUCGUCAUAUAAAUGUGUAUUUGAUGGUUCAAUUUGCUUAUAAUUUUUAGAAUGUAGAGUUAUAAAUUAGAGAAUGAAUGUGCUAAUAAAAAUUAGUAUUGUAAUUAUUGCUUUUGGUUUGUGGGGAAGUGAAAAAUAAUCUAUUUUCACUUUAUGCAAAGUGUUUCCGAUAUAUUUAACAAAUAAUAGCAUAUGCAAAGAAUGUUUUGAUGGUUUUAUUAUAAGCGAAUAUGGUUAUGGACUUAUCGAAUAAAUGGAGUCAUGUUCAUAUUAUGUUAAUGUUUUGAAAGUAAAAGAAUAUUGUUUUGGAAUAAAACUAAAGCAAAAUGUGUUGAAAAGGUGUGUGAAAAUCUACCAUUUAUUUAGGAUUAUUAAUGUAAGUCAUAUUGAAUUGAUUGUAAAGUAUGCAUACAACUUAAGGAAUUCAUUUUGUCAAAGGAAAUAAUGA